ACGUUUGACGCUCUUCCUGGUUACGGUGAAGCUAAGCUAGCAGUUCGCUUCUCCCCGGUUGUUGCUGUUCCUCCUCCGCUCAGCGGGGCUCCGCCUCGGUGUCUUCCCAGCGGCUUCACUCAGUGACAUACGGACGCUCUGCUCGGACUUUCUUCGUCAAUCCUCCGGGAUGUCUUUCCUGGAGAAGCCGUCCCCCGGCAGGCAACUGCUGGACGACACCGUACCCCUGACGGCGGUGAUCGAAGCCAGCCAGAACCUGCAGUCCCACACAGAGUACAUCAUCCGAGUCCAGAGGGGCGUGUCUUCAGACAACAGCUGGCAGGUGAUUCGCCGCUACAGUGACUUUGAUGUUCUCAACAGCAGUCUGAUGGUGUGUGGUAUCAGUCUCCCUCUUCCUCCGAAGAAGCUGAUCGGAAACAUGGACAGGGAGUUCAUAGCGGAGAGGCAGAGAGGGCUGCAGACCUAUCUGGACUCCAUUACCCAGAAUCCCUUGCUUUCCAGCUCCCUGCCUGUCAAGAAGUUCCUGGACCCCAACAACUACUGUGCCAACUACACAGAGAUCGCCCUGCAGCAGGUCUCCAUGUUCUUCAGGUCCGAUCUGAAGUGGGAGGUGGUGGAGCCUCUCAGAGACAUUGGCUGGAGGAUCAGGAAGAAAUAUUUUUUAAUCAAAAACAAAGAGCUGCCCAAAGAGAGGUAUCUGCUGAGCUGGGUGGACCUGGGUCCUGAUAAGUUCCUGUCUGACAAAGACCUGCAGUCAGCCAUAAAGCUACUAACCAGCCUCUCUGUUCCAUAUCUCAGUCCGCUGUUGUUCUCCAGCACCAGUGAGUCUUCAGCUCUGCUCAUUAGGCCGUUCAGUGAGAGAGGCUCUCUGAGAGACCACAUCUGUAAGGUGAAGCCCAGAGAGAGUUACCUGAAGAAGUACUGUAACCCGAAGAAGAGCCAGGGCCUCGAACUGUCACAGAUCAAACUGUACGGCCGUCAGAUCCUGGAGGGUCUGAAGCUCCUUCAUGAUGGCGCCAUAUUUUACGGUCACCUGCACGCGUCCAACGUCAUUGUGGACGAUGGCGUGUGUCGACUGACGGACGUGGAGAACGGCAUGCUGGGAGUUCCCUCAGCGCUGCGGCCCAGUUUCACCCAACUCAGGAAGAUCAAUACCACAGAGAGCAUCGACGUCUUCUGCUUUGGACACUUACUGUACGAGAUGACGUACGGCCGACCGCCGGACAGCGUUCCCGUCGAUCAACACCCCACUGUCCCCUACACAGCUGUUGUGUCAGUGCUGCAGUCCAUACUGUCCACAGAAGCCUGUAAGAGCGGGAUGCCAACGCUGUCAGAGCUCAUCCAGACACCGCUGUUCAGUGACGUCCAGCUCCAACACUCAGAAAAACUCCAGAUCAAGGUUCCCAGCAGGCUAAAGGAAGCGCUGAAGACGGCAAAGGAAAGUCUGGAAAAGAGGCUGCAGGAGGAGCAGAGAGUGCUCCACCAGCACAGGAGGCUGACCAGAGCUCAGUCUCACCACGGCUCAGAGGAAGAGAAGAAGAGGAGGAAGAUUCUGGCGAGGAAGAAGUCCAGACAGUCAGCUUAUGAAAAUGAAGAAGACGUCUCUGUCAGAAACAACAAUAACUCUGGUUCUGGAGCCAGUUCCCCUCCCACAUGCCCCUCCUCCCCCACCCCCCCAUCUACCACAGAGCAUGCUCCAUUCUGACCGUGUCGUUGGGUAAAGUAAAAGAUUUAUGAUGUCGAUAACGAUGAUGAUGAUGAUGAUGAAGGUCUCUGGUGGUUUUUAAAGUUGUCGUACACCCUGGUUUCCCAGCAAGCUCUUGGUCACGAAGACCUGCGUCACGAUUAUGAACUCAAGUAAUAAAAACACAGACUUAAAAAGAGAGUAGAUUUAAAAGUGGAUGCAGCUGGAUAAUAUCAGAUGAUUUAUUAUUUCGUAUGGAUUAAAUAAGUAGGAUGUAACAGGUCAGUUAGGGAGCUUCACGUUUACAGGACGUUGUAUGAGCUCGUUUCCAGUUUCUUGUUUCUAUGUACAAACCGCUCGUCAGUCACGCGGCUUUAGAAAUCAAUCAAAGGAAGUUAAUUACAACAAAUGUACAGUAUCUACAAAAUAAACAAGUAAUUAUUGCAACCAUCUCUUCAGUUUUUUUAAAGGUAAGCAUUUUUUACCCUUUCAGUGUUGCACCAGAAUUUCUUCAAAUAUCUAAACAUUAAUGGAUAGCCUUACCUCAUGUAAAUCUACGUGUCAUCAGUUAUUUUCCUUUAUUAACUGAAAAACAUGCUGUUCUCAAACAGUUUCAGCUGUUUGAGAAUAACAAAUCAUGUUGUAUCAUAGUAGCUUCAAAUCUAGUUCCUCAUUCAACCUGACACUGAGUUGCUCAACUUAAAAACAAUUCCAGCACUUUGACCCUGUGUCAUCAUAGACCAAACUGUUGGGGGAUAACUAAGAUGAAUUUUAAAUAAAAAGGUGAUAGACCAGCGGUGGUAUCUGAGGUAUCUGGUGUCUGAAGACGUGUCUUCUCUGUACCCACGAGUCGCUGCUUGCCUGGAACGGGGUGUACGCACAUCUUUAUUAAAACCUCACAAUCUGCAAUGACGUCCAAACCUCACAGACAGUCCAGCUCCUCCCUGAUUCAGACCUCUUGUUCUCAUUGGAGAUUGUGAUCUGUCAGUCCUGUCUGCUUGGUCAGUCAGUUAGCAUGUCUGUGUGUCUGUCUCUGUUUAUGUUUGUUCUGUGUGCUGAUGUUUGUGUGUGUGGGACGGGGUCACAGUGGAGACGUGUCAGGUCUUUCAGUGUUCGGUUUUUGACUCUCAUCACGUUAUUAGCUGUGAAAUGUCAGUUUCUUUUGUAGGUUGUUUUCCUCCCAGUCUCAUAGAGCUGCUCUACAGUUGACCAAAUACUUAUUUACUUACUUAAGUAAUGAAUUUUGAAGGUUUUUUUUGUUGUUGUUGUUUAAUCUAGUAUUCAGAUAAUUCUUUGUCCACAGAAAUAUUAAAAAAGACCAGGUUUGUUGGUUGGUUGGUUGAUUUCUCUGUACUGGUGUUUUUUUUUUCACGUUUAACCACAACAAAUGAUUUGAUUAAAUUAGAUCUGGGCCCGUAUUUAUCGAGCAUCUCAGAGUAGGACAUCAAUCCUAACUGGAAAUUCUUUUUGGACUCACUUUCAGGCCUGUGUAGAAGUAAAAGCAUUUCCAUCAGCUUCCGUAGCCAAGGAAAUGGCUCCUGUUUCUGCUGAUAUUUAGGAGAGAGCUCCAGGGGUGUCCUGACCUGUGGAGAUGGCAUUUAGGCAGAGAUGUUCUGUGCAAAAGAGAAAUGUUCAUUGAUGACAGUGACCUUACGAAAAGAUACUGUUCCAACAAGACAGAUUAUUUUUUGUAACUGACCUUGGGUGUGGCACAAAAAGAGUUCAUGCAGAAACAUCUACAGGACACAAGAUCCUCGCAAAUUCUUCGAAACAGUGAUGAUUUUCAGAGUUAUAACGUCACAUAGCUGAGUCAAAUUUUCUGUUCUUUAAAACUGUAAACAUGUUUUCUUUUUUUUAUAAGUACGUGAUCAUAUUGCAUGUUUAUUCUUACAGCCCACUAUGCUUAUUGCUAAAGCUGUGUAUUUAUUUUGGUAUUGUAGUUUUGUAUAUAAAGUUAUUUGCCUAUGCGCAUGAAGCCUAUACAUACAGAGUUAGUAGUAGUAACUAGAGUUACUAGUAUGUUACUAUUGCGGCAUUUUGAAUUUUACCACUGUCUAAUGUUACAAACCGCUAAAAAAAACUAGUCGACGACAUCAUUGUGUCUGAGAUUUUGGUAAAUUAGGUAAAUUUUUCGUGAGGUUUCUAGAAGGAAUUGUGAGACUCUUGAUAAAUACGGGGCCAGUCUCAGGUUUUUGAUGAAUUUUGUUUCUUUCCAGGUUCCCAUUUGUUUCGGUCAUUUCUAUUUUAAAAAAUUAUCUUGUAGACUUCAAACUUUCUGUAGAUAAUCUGUCACUGUCAACAUUUAUUUUAGUUAUAUAUUAAUUUUCUUUUUUGAGAAAUGUAUCGUUGGAAGUAGAAAUAAUUUUCAGUUCAGUCGGUAGAUGCUGUGCCAGCAUGUGAGAUCUGAUCACAGAUCUCUUGACUGUAGAAUCAUCUGAGUAACACAUAGAAAACGCUGAAGGUCACUGUGGCUGCUGAACGUAAUGAAAGUCAGUUUGUUCCACAGCCGCCCUGGAGAAAAACUGUCACCACUGCAGACAUUAGUGGUCCUGCAGUUAUUAAAUAAUCAAAAUCUCAUCUUGUGUUUUUCCUCUUGUUAAAUUUCUGAUGUGUCAUCACAGCCAAAAACAAACUAGUUAUUCCGCUGAAAAUAUCAUCUUCAAACGUGCUGAGUGUCUCCUGAGUGUCUCAUGUAGUGACGAGUUUCUCCAGGUUUGGUUACCAUCCGUCAGACUGAUGGAUGUCCUUUCAUUACGUAGCAGAUAAUUCACUGUGUAGUCACACAGCAGGUGGAGUCCAUGGACUCCGGUCGCAGCUUUUGGCCUCUGCUUUAGCUAUAUGCUUGAGCUCCCCAGCAUUUUGCUUUUCUGCCUGCAAUCCCUGGGUUUCAUUCAGUUUGGGAUGCAAAAUGGCACAGCGAGAAAGAGAUGUACCAGGUUUAUGUUCAACUCACCAUCAGUUCACUCUGCUCACCUGAGUGAUUCUUACAAAGCAAGUACAUGUGGAGUUUGUUUGGAAAACACAAGGGCGGUAGCUCGGACAGUACAACAGCUGUGAAGACACAACUUUAGGAGAGAAUGAACUACAAGUCCCAGGGGACAUUGCUGUUAGAGACAACCAAUCAGAGAGCUUCAGAUUCUGUCGAUGAGCAGCUGAUGUUGAUGUGAAGUUAGAGGUUGAUCUUUGCUGAACUCGGAAAAUUUCAAGUGUGGAUUUUGGAUCAGAUUGAACCUUUCAGAUCUCUGAUGUCAUUACUUCUCCAUAGCAACUGCUACAGAGGCUCAUGGGUACUGUAGUAUUUAGAUCUAUUACACAUAAAGCAGAGGAGAUGUUUCUAACAGUAUUGUGCAGAAGUUUCAGGGUCUGAAAGUGAAGUCAGGAUGUUUUCAAAAAUAAUGCCACAAAUAGUUUUUAUUUAUCAAUUAACUUCAAACAAAGUGCAGUAAACAGAAAAAACCCUAAAUCCCACUCGACCUCUCGACUACAUCCUGGGUAUUGAACCUUGCUUUUUUGAUGUUGACCAAGCUGUGUUGGGUUGAACUGAUGGUGGAUUGAGUCCAGCCUGGACACUGAGCUGCAGGUGCUGGUUUCACAAAGAUAAACUCUUUUCAGAAACUGUGUCCGUGUUAGUCUGGAAAAUCAACAGAACACACAGAAAUAAGUCACCCUUUACAAAGGGUUCAUGGGUUGUAACUAAUAGCUUUAGCAAUGGUUAAUAAUUAAUUUACAAAUGCUUUAUAAAUGAGUUAUAAGCCAUUAAUUACAACACAGGUUUUCAAGCAAAGAUACAGAGUCAGGUGAAUUUCAGGCAAAAAUUGUACUGUUUCAAGUCAUAACUCAGUCAAAUCUUAGCACAUUUUCAUAAAACACAUAUUUUUAGAUUCGGGGUGACUGACACUUCCCGAUGAUAUCUUUAUCUCCCAUGUCCAUUGCAAAUAAAUAUCCAUAAAUCUGUUUAGAAAUUUGAACAAAUGUAGGCUAACGUUUGUGUUGCCAGGUUGAUGAUCCUCCAGCAUCAAACUGUCUUCUUAGUUCACAGUGAGACCAAAAACAUUUGUUUAACAACUUAUUAACAUUUACAACUGUGGGUGACUGAAAAGCUUUUGCUGUUGGCUUAUUAGAAAGUGGGAAACUCAUGAACUUUGAUUAAAAGCUUGGGUAUAAAUGGCUGAACAACAAGAUUUUCUUAUGACCAAAAACUGCUUUUUAUGAAUGGCUUGUAACUGAUCUAUAAAGGAUUGGUAAAUUAUCUAUAAACCAUUAAUUAAUUAAGCUAUUAGUUAAAACCGUUUAUAAAGGGCACCUUAUUAGAAAGUGGUACAAAACUAGUUUCUGCCAAUGUAGUCGUCUCUGUUGAAACUAUUGACAGUAAACAGUCAUUUGUGUGUAAUCAGCUGAAGUGUAGUGAUAAAACUGCCUCUCCUUCAUUUUUAAUCUGUACCCAACAAAUCGCUGUGACGUGUGAACGCCUCCAUUGGUUGAGUGUCUUCAUUUCUUAAUUGGUGCAAAGCAAAGAGGAGAAAACAGGAUGCGGACACUUUUUCCCGCCCUCUGCAGGUGUUUGAUUUGAAAUGAAAGCAGCAUGAGAGAAUAAUAUGACCAAUCCUUAACUCUCAUUAGACUAAUUAGACCAACCGUGACUCAAUCUAAUGAAUCUUUGUGCAACCAACCACUGGGGAAACUGAACGUUAUCAGAAACAGUUGCUGUUGUUCUCUCUCAUGCCUUCCUUUCGUUCUUUCCUCUUUAAUCCAGGAGCCCAGACUGCUCCUCCCCCUCCUCCGCCUCCUCCGCCCCCUCCUAUGCUGAGCUCCUCGUCCUGCCCCCCUCCUCCUCCUCCUCUGUCCUGCGCUGGUGGAGCAGGGGGAGGUCGUGCCGCCCUGCUGAGUUCCAUCCAG